AAAGACUGCUGGGUUUCUGUGCGGACGCGGUGACGAUUGCGUGUAGGUUUUUGUGCAAUGAAAACUCACCAUGCCGGUGAGGCCGUGGACGCGGAUAGAAUGCUGCGUGCACAUGCGGAUGUUUGUGAGUGGAAUUUAGCCGCUAGUUAGCGCAGCGCGCCGUGCCGCGUCAGGUGGGUGCGCCUGCAGUCAUCCACGUUUUCCCUAUGGAUCGCGUCCAUGGAUGUCUCCAAACCCGCUUUGGACAGUAGUUUGAGUCCCAAGGCGUGCGUGUCCGCAGAAGAAGCAGAUGUUUUCCGCUGGCCGGAGGAUGGCGUCAGCGCCGCGCCGGCCGCGCGCUCCGCCGCGCCGGGAUACUGGACGGCCGUGUUCGACUACGAGGCGACUGCGGAGGACGAGCUCAGCCUGCGCAGAGGGGACCUGGUGGAGGUCCUGUCCAAGGACUCCCUGGUGUCGGGAGAUGAGGGCUGGUGGACCGGCAUGAUAGCGGACCGGGUCGGUAUUUUCCCGUCUAACUAUGUCAGCAAAGGGAACGGCAUCGCUGGAGAAAUACGGGACACCUCGGAGCAGCAGUUCUCAGUGCCUCCUCUGCACCUCCUUGAGAUUGAGUUCUCUGAGCUUACCCUGGAGGAAAUCAUCGGGGUAGGUGGCUUUGGGAAAGUGUACCGUGCAUUUUGGCGAGGCACGGAGGUGGCGGUGAAGGCAGCCCGACGAGAUCCCGACGAGGAUCCGGAACAGACUCUAGAGAGUGUACGCCAGGAGGCCAAACUGUUCGCUAUGCUGCAUCACCCCAACAUCAUGGCCCUGCUGGGAGUGUGCCUGCAGGAGCCCAACCUGUGCCUGAUCAUGGAAUUUGCUCGUGGAGGCCCGCUCAACCGCAUCCUCGCCGGGAAACGCAUCCCUCCGUGCAUGCUGGUGGAUUGGGCUGUGCAGGUCGCUCACGGCAUGCACUACCUCCACAGCAAAGCCAUCGUCCCCAUCAUUCACCGAGACCUAAAGUCCAGCAACAUCCUGAUCCUUGAGAGGGUUGAGAUGGAAGACCUUAGCAACAAGACUCUGAAGAUCACAGACUUUGGUUUGGCAAGAGAGUGGCACCGCACGACGAAGAUGAGUGCCGCCGGAACCUAUGCCUGGAUGGCUCCUGAAGUCAUCCGUUCAUCCACUUUCUCCAAGGGUAGCGAUGUUUGGAGUUAUGGUGUGCUGCUCUGGGAGCUGCUGACAGGAGAGGUUCCUUUUCGGGGCAUUGACGGUCUGGCAGUGGCAUAUGGGGUGGCAAUGAACAAACUGGCAUUGCCCAUUCCCUCAACCUGUCCUGAGCCUUUUGCACGUCUUAUGGAGGACUGUUGGAGUUCAGACCCUCAUUCCCGCCCACAGUUCAUAACUGUUCUGGACCAGCUGACGGCCAUCGAGGAGUCUGGCUUUUUUGACAUGCCGGAAAAGUCCUUCCACUCGCUGCAGGAUGAUUGGAAACUGGAGAUACAGGAAAUGUUUGAUCAGCUGAGGACCAAAGAGAAGGAGCUGCGAUCAUGGGAGGAAGAGCUGAACCGAGCAGCACUGCAGCAGAAGUGCCAGGAGGAGGCGCUGAGGAGACGCGAGCAGGAGUUAGCCGAACGGGAGAUCCAUAUAUUGGAGAGGGAGCUCAACAUCAUCAUACACCAGCUCUACCAAGAGAAACCUCACGUAGAGAGCAGGCAGGGCAAGUUCCGCCGCAGUCGCCUUAAACUCAAGGACGGGAACAGAAUCAGUCUUCCUUCAGAUUUUCAGCACAAAAUCACAGUUCAGGCAUCACCCUCACAUGAUCGGCGCAGGAGUUUGCUCAGCAGCGGUUCCAGCCCUCCGACCAGUCCACCAAUGUUGCCACGUCUGAGAGCAAUUCAGCUCACUCCAGGGGAGGGGUGUACAGCCUGGGGUCGCAACACUGCUUUGCAACAGAGUGAGGAGGACUGCGAGAGGAAGGGCUCCAGGAAAAAAGGCAGAUCCCACGGGUGUGGACCGCACAGGGAGCACAGCGCUGAUGCCAAUGUGAAGCCUGCACACGAGGCGAGCAGACAGCGGUCCUGCAGUGCCCCAAACCUGCGCAGGUCACCGAGGCACAGUCCAGCAGUGCCUGGAGUCCCAAGCCUGGUUGAAAUGGAAAAUGAAGAUUGCUGCUUUACCACCGAGCGCGGUAAUUCUCCUGGUCAAUCCUACCUCUGCAUCCCUUUCCACAAAGAAGGACAAACAGCUACCACCUCCGCUGAUGGUGAUGGAGAGGAGUACUGCCCCAGCAACAAGGUUCCAGCAACACCCCCAAGCAGGAAGAACCCCGGAGCGGUGCGGCGCUCUGAGCUUGUCCUGUUGGGCUGUGGAGCUCUGCUAGCGGCCGUCGGACUGGGCUGCGACCUGCUGACUUUGGUUCAGUCAGAGGAAAGCUUCAAACCACGAUGGGAGAGCUUCUUUCACAGGACAGGGGGUCAAAAGAGGAACACUAGCCCCUCGAAUCGUAGACUGUUCCGAAGGGAAAGCCCGCUUAAACCCUCAGCGCCCUCGUUGCCGGAACGAGCUCUGCCCAUCUCUUACACGUUGUUGUCUUUGUCAUCAGUGUCGGACUGCACCUCCACUCGCUCUUUGCUGCAUUCCGACAGUGAAGACUUGUUGGUCUUACAUCCCGCUACCCCGCCUCGCCACCCUUACAUCACACAGCAUCAGUCGCUCCAAACUCCUGUCAAUCCACUGGUCAACACCCAUCUGGAGAGCUUCAAGCGUAACCCUCGCCAGUCUCUUACGCCCACUCAUGUACCCUGUGCCCCAAGUUCAUCACGUAGCUUGCGUCGAACACCAUCAGACGGCGCCAUCAAGAAGAGCAGUCUUCCUAAUAAUCUCGAACCAUUGAUAGAGAAAACAACAUUAGAAAGCACAGACAGUUUGAGGGGAUUAACAGAAGAUUGCUCUGAAGUACCCCGGCUCCCUGAUCCAAAUGUGGUGUUUCCUCCAACACCUCGUCAUCGUUGCGCUCUCGAGCGACCCAAAACUUUGGACUUUGUGGCUCGCCCACGACCUUCUCCACGGGCACGUUGUGAUGUGUUUUGGCCAGAAAUGAGGGCCAGAGGCUGUGGAAUCAGCCUUGGUAACAACAAGUCUUCUGCCAACACCUCCAGCACAGAGACUCCGCCCACUGUAGAGUUUGAGAGAAAUCCAGCAGUCCCGCCAUCCCCAGCGGAAGCUCCAACUCCCUACUCCCCACGCAGAAACGAAAACCUGCUGGAUCAGCUGGAUGAGGAGCAGUGCCGGGACGGAACCAUCCCACUCUGCAAAGUGAAACUCUGCUUUCCCAAACACUCACCUCAUCACUACAGGCCUGGGUUUUGGUCUUAACACGGCACCAUGGGGGCGACCACCCCUUGUGACAGUUUUCACUAAUCUAGUACUCGCCUUUGCAUUGUCAUGGCUCUGGGAUGGUUACAUGCAAACAUUCUCAGAAUCAUUUUUUAGCUUUAAUUCACUCCACCCUUCCAUGUUGUCCUCUAAAUCUAGGAGGUCAAAAACGGUAACAUUUACGUUCAUUUUCCCACUGUGAAUAUUCUACGUCUGACAUAUACUGUAAUAUCCGAUCUGGUCAAAUCCCCAAUUUGGCCUUAACACAUAUUUUGCUACAUGACUUGGUGCAGAUGUGUUGUCACUAUAUUAUACAGGCACAUGAUUCUUUUUGUCUUUCUUCCUCUUGUUACUGCAACACGACAUCGAUACAUAAAGGUUUUCAUCACAGGAAAUCAAUUUACUUUCUUGUGCUUUGUUCAUUUUCCGUCUUGAGUUGAAGAUUGUGCACUUUUUGAAAGCGUUACGAAUGUAUAGAUUCAGUUUGUCUUCUGUUGUCAAAAAAUAUGACUCACUUUGUGAAUACUUGUAAUUUGCCUGUAAAAGCAGUGUUAAUUAAAUUAAUUUGUAUAAUUGA